ACGGAUCCGAGCGACUCCUAGAUCACAUCGAGCCGUCAAAUUACGCAAAUUACGUAUCACCAUGAAGGUUCUGCAAUCCACUUUAUUGUUACUGAUCAUCAUUAAUUUUAUAAAAAUUUCACAUUCUGAUGAUGGACUAGAUUUAAUAGCAAUGAAAAGACCUUUUUGCAAUGCAUUUACAGGAUGCGGGAGGAAGCGCGAUCCCGCGUAUGCGGGCCCCGGCUACGAAGGCCUUCAGCUGCCGGUGCCGGUGUACCGAGCGCUGCUGCGCGUAGCCGCGGACGCCGAGGCCAGGAUGCGACUGCGGCACGCUCAGGCCGAGCCCCGGGUAUAUUGAGCGGCUCGCCUCGACGGCUUUGACCUGGGCUUGGCCGACGACUCCCGCUGCCCUUGGAAGCGGCCCACUCGCGCUCUUGGUCUCACACAUAUUCCGAUCACGGAUGUUAUUACUAAUUACUAUUGUUACAUCAGUGUCCUAGUAGCUCGAGAGCCAAUCUUGCCUACUUACAUCGCGAAUGGCGAUAUUGCAAUUUUAGUAAUUGUAAGUACAUUUGUAAACCUGCCCGAUGAAUUAUUACUCGUUAUUUACUGAAAAUUCAACGCUAUCCG